CUCCCGGCACCACUACGAAGCCCAACCUUGCCACACUCAUCGGCACUAGCCCUCGCAGAACUACCCUUCCUCCAACAUCACCCUCACACUCACCUUCACCACGAGACUCUGCGUCAAGCCCCACAUGAUCCCAUGUACAAAAUCCAGUCAAUCCGGCGUAAAAGCUACCAUCAUCACGGUAUGGCCUCGAACACAAAGAAAUAUCCUUUUCCGGUUGCUCGGUGCAAACUUAUCCAAUUGCUGCCAAUAUGCAGCAAACACACAAGUUCUGUCUGUGCAAUCUGGAAACAAGAGUGAAUGGUGAUUGACCAUCUAAUUGGUUGCCGCAUUCACUGCAGCACGAUGGACUUAAAAAUAAUAGUUUAGAUACAACUGUUUGAGUGUCCCUCUUCUUACCCUCAACCGGCACCCAUCAACAAUACUGCGAGUAUGGAAGAGAAGCGACCAGAAUUCCCGUGCAGGCGUGCCUCGUUCAAUCCCGAAGCAGCAACCUUCAGUCCGACGCCGGCCAAAAUUGGAGCGGCAGAUAUUAAUACUAAGCUAACUUCCUGCAUGAACUCUCCGCAGGGGUUGAGCGUCCCGGAAAUGUACGAAGAAGAUUCUCCUUUUCGGCCUUCCAGAGAGAUGCGCCCCGACUACCAGGCGUACAGUGGACCGAGUGUCCCACAACUCGUAGGCGCUGAAUCGGACCAGCCGGAUAUGUCAUUUCCCGAUUUUCAUGAUAUGCUGCAUGCCCUAAGCCAAGCUGGAAACCAAGCAGCACAGAACCCCGGUACUCGGAUGGAAUCCAUCCACACCGCGAUGCCCUAUCAGUCACGAUGGGUUUGGCCUACGCAACGUUACGAGCCCAGCUUCAGUGCCCCGGAAGUCGAAGAGCUUAGCACCAGUCUUGGACUCCCCGGCAUAGUGAGGAAGGGAAAGGCGCGCACUGACGACCCAGCGGCAUGCCCCAGCAAUCUCUCCAACUUCAAAAGUCCUGCUAGCACUAAUCUUCAUGCCCGCUUUCUUAACGCGCAGGGUGUCUCAGAUCAUACGGCUAUAGGACCUCAGAAUCUUCACAACUAUGGAUUUGGCGUGCAAAAUGAGCGGGAGAUCGGAGAAGAUCCGCCUACUAGAACCAUACAGCCACCUCCCGAAUUUGCUAGAGAGCGUCCCCGCGAGAUUCUUGAAGAAGAUCAACCUACUAGAACUGUACAGCCACCUCCUGGAUUUACCGGAGAAAGUUCCCGCGAGAUCUUUGCUGAAAGGUGCGGCACCAACUUUGCGGAUAUACUUGAGCCUCAAGCCGUGCCUGCAGGUCCUUCAGCGUUUAGACACCCCCGCCGAUUCAGCGACCUCCAGUCCGCCGUCCAAGCUCUACAACAGAGGAGCCACGCAAACCGCCUGCCACCUAAGAGAGUCACCCGCCCGCGAGCCGCCACCCGCACCAAGCGUUCUGACCAAGGUCCCGAGCCCUCAUCCGCCGAUAUCUACCCAGACGACGCACCCUACCCAUCUAUCCCCCGCCCUUCCUACGUGCCAGACCCCACCCUCGUAUUUCACGACUACUCCUCGCACAACCGCGGCUUUAAACCCCAAGACACCAAAUCCUGGCCCACCCCCGCAGAAGUCUACUCCGAAAAACCCGUUCAAGGCCCUACUCACCCCAGCUCCUCCGCGAAAGAGGACACAGAACCGGAAUUCAAUCUCUUCAAAGACCACUGUUACCCUACUGACGCCGAUAUCCAUGACCCCGACACGGAAAUCGAUGCUUUGCUCAAGGCUAUCCCGCACCUCUUGGACCUCGAUGUGCCGGAGCUGGAGUGGGAUCCGCACCCAUUGACGCCGGGCCAGAUUGAUGGGUCGCGGUAUGGAAUGCGGUUUCAUGGUAUUGGGCUGGGGGAUAGGUGGAUGGGUCCGGAUUUGAGUCGUGAUCCGAACAUCCAGGUUCGGUGGUGAUUUGGUGCGAGUUGGGCACUGGGAUAGAUCCGUCGUGAGGUUGGGAUUGCUAGUAUGCUUGGUAUUAUUUGGGUUAUAUGCCCUGGGAUCUAUUUGCUUGCUGUCAAUGCAGCUGACAGAAUCGGUAUGAUGGGAUUGGUGC